AUGGCGUGCGCGGCAGAGGGCGCACGGCUGCGCGGGCUGCUGCGGCCCGGUGGCGUGCUGGCGUUGCUGGGCAAAGAGCCCGAGGCCUUGCUGCAGGAGAUCAAGCGCGAGGUGGCCCUCUAUAGAUGCCGUUUCGAGGGCCUGUUCGAGCCGCCCGGGGGAUGGGAGGCUCUGAAUCACGCUCGAAGCCAGGAUCCGGCGGCUUCUGACUCCGUGCUCCCGGGCCUUGAUGUGCAGCAUUGGCGUGGCAAGCCCAUGUACAACACCGUCGUGGUCCCCUGGCUGGUCCCAAUGAUCAAGCCCCACGGCAUGGGGAUGAUCGUGGACAAGACGUUGACUCGGCCAGGCAACAGGGAGAAAAGGAAGGACGGGCACGAGGACGAGGCGAUGAGCAUCGAGGAACGCGAGGUGACGAGCAUCGGGGACGAGAGCCGCCCCCUGUCCGACCGCCUCCCCGCCGCGGCCCGGGCCGCCCCUCGGAGGCAGGUGCUGCGCCGGGAGAGGCCGUACAGGGAGGUUCUGCGCUGGGAGAGGCCGUACAGGGAGAUGCCCCUGGCCUGGGUCAGGGACCAGCUGCAGGGCUGCGGCCUCCGGGUGGAGGUCGAGAAGGAGUUUCCCCGGCGGCUGAACGUGGAGAAGGUCUUCCGGGCCAUCGAGUGGGCCGAGCACGAGGUGGACCAGGUGGAGCAGCGGGCGGUGCGCGCGGGCCUGGAGCAGCGCUUGGGCGAGCUGAGGGCGCGCGCGGAGGGGCCGCAGGUGUCCCGCGCGCUGGAGCGUGGCCACGCCUUCGGCGUCGACUACGCCCUGCUGGCCCGACGACCGGCGGCGGCCGCGUGA